AGAAGAAGGCGGCGGCGGGGGCGGCGGCAGCUCCGCUGGAGUCGUGUAGCCGUGCUUUCCUGCGGGCCCGGGCCCGGCCCGGUGACAACCGACGCGCUUGAGCAUUCGGCGGGCGCGCGGGCGCGUGCCCGCGAGGGAGGCGGUAACAGCGGCGGCGGAGGCCGGGUGAUGUGCCCGAGCCCUCGCCUCACGGUCCGGACCCAGCAGAUCCCUUGCGGGAGUUCUUGUGCAGGCUGGCGGAGCAUGGUGGCAAUAGCAGGGCUGGUGGCAGCUGGGAAGUGAGGCGGAGCCAUCGGCCCAGAAGUAGGCCCCCCCCGGACAUGGAGUAUGAAAGACGAGGUGGCCGUGGAGACAGGACUGGCCGCUAUGGUGCCACUGACCGCGGCCUCCAGGAUGAUGGACUGGACAGCCGGAGUCAGAGAGACCAUGAUUACCGGGACAUGGAUUACCGCUCCUAUCCCCGGGACUUUAGCAGCCAGGAACCCCGCCAUGAUUAUGAUGACUCUUCUGAAGAGCAGAGUGCAGAGGAUUCCUAUGAGGCUUCCUCAGGUUCUGAGACACAGCAGCGUAAGCGGGACAGCCCUACCGAGCCCCUGGGCUUCCCCGGAGACGGCGACUACCGGGACCAGGACUACCGGACCGAGCAAGGGGAGGAGGAGGAGGAAGAGAAGGCCAGUCACAUCAUCAUGCUUCGGAUGCUGCCACAGGCAGCUGCAGAGAAUGACAUCCGAGCACAACUGCAAUCCCAUGGAAUCCAGGCUCGGGAAGUGCGGCUGAUGCGGAACAAGUCUUCAGGUCAGAGCCGGGGCUUCGCCUUCGUCGAGUUUAGUCACUUGCAGGACGCUGCACGAUGGAUGGAAGCCAAUCAGCACUCCCUCAGCAUCCUGGGCCAGAAGGUCUCCAUGCACUACAGCGAUCCCAAACCCAAAAUUAAUGAGGAUUGGCUUUGCAACAAGUGUGGAGUCCAGAACUUCAAACGUCGAGAGAAGUGUUUCAAGUGUGGUGUGCCCAAGUCAGAGGCAGAGCAGAAGUUGCCACUGGGUGCACGGCUGGACCCGCAGCUGAUGCCUCUGGGUGGCCGGGAACUGAGCCAGGGCCUGCUUCCACUACCCCAGCCCUACCCAGCCCAGGGGCUCAUGGCCCCACAGUCCCUGACCCAGGGCUCUGAGCCCACUUCGGAAAAUGCCAAUGAUACCAUCAUCCUGCGCAACCUGAACCCCCAUAGCACUAUGGACUCAAUCCUGGGAGCCCUGGCUCCCUACGCUGUGCUGUCUUCCUCCAACGUCCGGGUCAUCAAGGACAAGCAGACCCAACUGAAUCGAGGCUUCGCCUUUAUCCAGCUCUCCACCAUCGUGGAAGCUGCUCAAUUACUGCAGAUUCUCCAAGCUCUCCACCCUCCCCUCACCAUUGAUGGCAAGACCAUUAAUGUGGAGUUUGCCAAGGGCUCCAAGAGGGACAUGGCCUCCAACGAUGGCAACCGCAUCAAUGCUGCUUCUGUUGCCAGUACAGCCAUCGCUGCUGCCCAGUGGGCCAUCUCGCAGGCGUCCCAGGGUGGGGAGGGGAGCUGGGCAGCACCUGAGGAGCCAGUGGCAGACUACAACUACUACCACCAGGAUGAGGCCUACUGUGGCCCAAGCAGUGAGGCCACACUCUAUGGCCACAGUGGCUACCUGAAAGGCGCCACCAAGGCUUUGAAUAUGGCUGGCAGCAAGGGAGACCCUGCUGGAGCAGGCACUGAAACCACCUUGGAACCUUGUGUACCUGGUGUUGAUGCUGUGCCCCUGAUCCAGGCCUUUCCUCAUGCCCAAGCCAGUGCCAUGCCUGGCAUCUAUCAGCAGCCAGGGGCUGAGGGGGCCAAUGCCCAGGGAAUGGUGUCUAACACCCAGGCCCAGCCCUACACAAUCGUGUCCCCUGCGGUUUUGAAGGCUGAGCUUCUCAGCCCAGCCCAGCCCAGUUCUGUACCCCCACCCACUACCAGUCCGGCUGCCCAAGACUCCUAUGGCCAGUACCCAAUCCCUGAUGUCUCCACCUACCAAUAUGACGAGACAUCAGGCUACUACUAUGACCCGCAGACAGGACUCUACUAUGACCCAAACUCUCAGUAUUACUACAACUCCCAGAGUCAGCAGUACCUUUACUGGGAUGGGGAGCGGCGCACCUAUGUCCCUGCCCUGGAGCAGGUGACUGACGGACACAAGGAGACAGGGCCAAGCUUGAAGGAAGGCAAAGAAAAGAAGGAGAAGCACAAGACCAAGACGGCCCAGCAGAUAGCCAAGGACAUGGAACGCUGGGCCCGAAGCCUCAACAAACAGAAGGAGAACUUCAAAAACAGUUUCCAGCCCAUCAGCUCUCUGCGGGAAGAUGAACGGCGGGAGUCAGCUACAGCUGAUGCUGGCUAUGCCAUCCUGGAGAAGAAGGGGACGCUGGCUGAGAGACAGCAUACCGCCAUGGACCUGCCAAAGCUGACGAGUGAUGACCGCCUGAGUCCCCCCCGGGGGCUGGUGGCUGCCUAUAGUGGCGAGAGUGACAGCGAGGAGGAGCCCGAGCGGAGCGCAGAGAGGGAGGAGAGGCUUACCGACUGGCAGAAGCUGGCUUGCCUUCUCUGCCGACGCCAGUUCCCUAGCAAAGAGGCUCUGAUCCGCCACCAGCAGCUUUCUGGGUUGCACAAGCAAAACCUGGAGAUUCACCGGCGGGCUCACUUGUCUGAGAAUGAGCUGGAGGCCCUGGAAAAGAGUGACAUGGAGAUGAAGUAUAGGGACCGGGCAGCAGAGCGUCGGGAGAAGUAUGGCAUCCCGGAGCCCCCGGAGCCCAAGAAGAGGAAAUCUGGGGCUGUGACGGCUGCCACCGUGGACUUUGAACAGCCCACCAGAGACGGGCUGGGCAGUGACAACAUUGGUAGCCGUAUGCUGCAGGCCAUGGGCUGGAAGGAGGGCAGCGGGCUAGGUCGAAAGAAGCAAGGCAUUAUCACUCCCAUUGAGGCCCAGACUCGUGUCCGUGGCUCAGGACUGGGGGCCCGGGGCAGCUCCUAUGGCAUCACCGCAUCCGAGUCCUACAAGGAGAGUCUGCACAAGACCAUGCUGACUCGCUUCAACGAGGCAGAGUAAACCCUGGUCCAGGCCUCCCCCGCCCCCUCACCUCAGCCCCCCAUCUGGGAUAGCCUUUACCUAAAGGCUCCAAGAGAGGGAAGAGGGCAGCCCUGCCUA